UCUCAAUGUAAUACAACUAUGCCUGCAAAAAAAUCAAAAGCACCCGUUGCAAAGAAGCGGCCCGCUUCUCGUGGCGGUAAGAAACCAAAAAAAGGUGGAAAAGCGAAUAAAACAAAGACAAAGGCGACGAAAAGAAAAGCUCAAAUGAAGAAAAAAUGGACUAAAACGGCACAAAAAAAACGGAAAGAACGAAAGAAAGCCGACAAAGCUAAGAAGAAAACAAAAAAGGAUGCUGCUAAAAGAAAGAAAAAAUCAAAGGAUAAAAAGAAGAAGCAGAAAGCACAAAAGAAAGCCGAGAAACCAAAACAACAACCAGCAAGCGAAGAAGAGGACGAUGCUGGAAAUGAUAAAGAGGGUGGAAUGAAGUUUUCUGGAAUGUCAUUGGAUCAACUUCAAAACAUACGGAAAUCAGUUGCGGAGCUCACUAAAGACGAAUUUUUGGAGUAUAUCAAGAACAACAGUGAUCAUCAAAUCAUGGAAGCUCAACACAUGAGUAGUGCUGAAGGUCGAAUGAAAUUAUUUAAGGAUUCAGAACGGCCCACGUGCACAUCUAGAGGCCCUUUUCAGUCGAAUAGAUUUGGUGCUUUGUUUUUGAUUCCUGGACAUCAAUAAACUUUUUAUUAUUUAA